AGCAGACGGAUUGAGCUCCUCUCAUCCUUGAGUUCCUUCUCCCCCACCUCUCUAAAACUCUUUUCUGAGGGAGGAACAGCUAUAACUUUGAGGAUAAUAUAGCUUUAAGGAAACUUUUGGCAGAUGCUGAUGUCCUAACAUCUGGGCAGUGUUAACAGAAUCCCGGAGGCCCGGACAGACCAGGAGCCACUGGUUCUAGGAAUGUAAAAAAGUCGAAGUCUUUCCGACUGAUGAGAGGAGCAAAGAGGAAGGAGAAAGAGAAAGAGAAGGAGAGAGAGAACACAAAAAAACCACACAACAGAGCCUGCAUUUCUGCUUUCUCUCACUUUUGGAAGUUCAUUAAUGGCUGAUUUCUGAAAGUCAUCCUCCUUUGCCCUGGUGCUCCUGGCCACGUACCUCUAUUCUUAUCUCCCUAAACCACCCUCCCACUCCCCCUUCUCCCCCUUUCAAGGAUGGCCGUUCAGCUAACUCGAAGAGGAGCUCUCUCUCUGCUGCUCUUCCUCACUCCAGCAGUGACGCCAACAUGGUAUGCAGGUUCAGGCUACUACCCAGAUGAAAGCUACAAUGAAGUAUAUGCUGAAGAGGUCCCACAGGCCCCUGCCCUAGACUACCGAGUCCCCCGAUGGUGUUAUACAUUAAAUAUCCAGGAUGGAGAAGCCACGUGCUACUCACCAAGAGGAGGAAAUUAUCACAGCAGCCUGGGCACUCGCUGUGAACUCUCCUGUGAUCGGGGCUUUCGACUGAUUGGACGGAGGUCGGUGCAAUGCCUGCCAAGCCGCCGUUGGUCUGGAACUGCCUACUGCAGGCAGCUGAGAUGCCACGCAUUGCCAUUCAUCACGAGUGGCACCUACACAUGCACAAAUGGGGUGCUUCUUGACUCUCGCUGUGACUACAGCUGUUCCAGUGGCUACCACCUAGAAGGUGACCGCAGCCGAAUCUGCAUGGAAGAUGGGCGAUGGAGUGGAGGCGAGCCUGUAUGUGUAGACAUAGAUCCCCCCAAGAUCCGUUGUCCCCACUCCCGUGAGAAGAUGGCCGAGCCAGAGAAACUGACUGCUCGAGUAUACUGGGACCCACCCCUGGUGAAAGAUUCGGCUGAUGGCACCAUCACCAGGGUGACACUUCGGGGCCCUGAGCCUGGCUCUCACUUUCCCGAAGGAGAGCACGUGAUUCGUUAUACUGCCUACGACCAAGCCUACAACCGGGCCAGCUGCAAGUUCAUUGUAAAAGUACAAGUGAGACGCUGCCCAACUCUGAAACCACCACAGCAUGGCUACCUCACCUGCACCUCAGCGGGGGACAACUAUGGUGCCACCUGUGAAUACCACUGUGAUGGAGGGUAUGAGCGCCAAGGGACCCCCUCCCGGGUGUGCCAGUCCAGCCGCCAGUGGUCAGGAUCGCCACCUAUCUGUGCUCCUAUGAAGAUUAAUGUCAAUGUCAACUCGGCUGCUGGCCUUCUGGAUCAGUUCUAUGAGAAACGGCGACUCCUCAUCAUCUCGGCUCCUGAUCCCUCCAACCGAUAUUAUAAAAUGCAGAUCUCUAUGCUACAGCAAUCCAUCUGCGGACUGGACCUGCGGCACGUGACCAUCAUUGAGCUGGUGGGGCAGCCACCUCAGGAAGUGGGGCGCAUCCGGGAGCAACAGCUGUCAGCCAGCAUCAUCGAGGAGCUCAGGCAAUUUCAGCACCUCACUCGCUCCUACUUCAACAUGGUGUUGAUUGACAAGCAGGGAAUUGACCGGGAACGCUACAUGGAACCUGUCACUCCCGAAGAAAUCUUCACGUUCAUUGAUGACUAUCUACUGAGCAACCAGGAGCUGACCCAGCGCCGGAUGCAAAGGGACAUAUGCGAGUGAACUUGGGCCAGGGUAUGGUUGAGGUCAAGGGCAAAGGUCCCAUAGUCAGCCGAAACUGGGGCCUAAUAAAAGGAGAAAAUGCUUUUUCCACAGCUCUAGGGACAGGACUCUGAGGUGGGUGAGGUUCCCUGAUCCUGGGACAUUUCCAGGCACCUUUUUAGGGCUGUAGAAUAGUUUCCUUAAGCAAGUCUCUGCUUUAGGUAGCACUGGAGGAGCAUAAGAAGUUAGGGAGGGACUGAGGACAGGCCCUGGGCAGCAGGUUGUGGACAGAAGGUCUUGCUUUCCUAACCUGGGCUUCGGCCCAGCUCUCCAAAGUCUUCCAGAUAAGUAAAUUCUAAAUUCAUUCACUAA